AUGGUACAGGGUGAUUAUGAUAGUUCCGAGGUCGACUCGUUUGAUUUGGAACCCGCCGUUCGUUCCAUUUCCAGAUGGAGGGACGUGCUUGCCGUGUUCAGUCCAGCGUGGUUCACAGUUAAUAUGGGAACUGGAAUGGCCUCCAUCCUGCUCUACUUCAUCCCUUUCCACGCAAAGUGGCUUCACUAUCUUUCAAUCGUGCUUUUCUUGCUUAAUGUCGUCAUGUUCUGCAUGAUCUCAGUCAUAUCUAUCCUAAGGUACUUUUUUGUGCCGGGGAUUUGGCAGGCAACGGUCGCUGAUCCUAUGGUGGCUCCCUUUUUGGGUGCCAUACCCAUUGCUUUCGCAACUCUGAUCGAAAUGUGGGUAUUCAUAUGUGUUCCACUAUGGGGUGACUGGGCCAAAACGACAAUUUGGGCACUCUGGAUAGUUGAUGCAGUAGUUGCGGUCCUCCUAACAACGUCGCUUUCAUUCUUGCUUAUGUCCAAGUCCCGAAUUCGUUCUCUGGACAUGGUCACUGCCGUGCAGCUUCUUCCUAUUGCGUCCACGAUUAUUGCUUCAGGUGUUGGGGCUGAAGUUGCCGAAAUCCUGGUCUCUCGGGACCAGGCCAUUGGGACAAUCGUUGCAUGUUUUGUUCUUUGGGGGAUGUCAAUGCCGCUUGCACUGAUCGUUUUGGUGGUUUACUAUCAAAGACUAGCUUUAUACAAGCUCCCUGCGCGCGAAGUCAUCGUAAGCUGCCUUCUUCCUGUCGGCCCUCUGGGUUUUGGUUCCUAUAACUUAAUGUACAUGGGAAAGGUGACAUACGCGCUUUUUGCUGAUGCAGAACCGGCGAUUGCUAUCUCUGCAAAAUGUAUUCAAGUUGUCACGCUAAUGAUCGGUGUAAUCAUCUGGGGAUUUGGCCUCGUAUGGCUUAUCUUUGGCGUCACAUCGAUCUAUAUUACCUGGCCAUUCCCGUUCAACAUGGGGUGGUGGGGUUUCACAUUUCCUCUUGGGGUCUACGCUGCCAGCACAAUCCAGAUUGGCAAUGAGAUGCCGUCGCUAUUCUUCAAGGUACUAGGGACUAUAUACUCAGUUAUGGUCAUAAUUCUCUGGUGCAUAGUAUUUCUGGGGACUGUGCGAGGGAUUUGGAAACGAACGCUGUUUGCUACGCCUUCUACUGCCUCUCGAUAGGUUCGUUCUUAGAAUUUAUAUAUGAU